AUGCCACAGUCGGAGGAAAUGUCCUCGCCGAACCCGACCUCCAGGGAGCGCCGCCGCUGUUUGCAGGCCUGUGGGACCUGCAAACGUCGCAAGGAGCGCUGUGACGGCCGACAGCCAUGUGGCCGCUGCAGUUCACGUGGCGUGCCAUUCGGAUGCAGUUUUUCGCGUUCUCAACCGCCGUUACAAAAGGCACAAGCCACAAGUCGGUUGCGGCGACGGGAACCGCCAGCGAUACCGCCCACACGACGUCAGCUGCGUUCGAUUGACAUUGGUCAGCCAUAUCUGGGCGCGUCCAAUGGCACCACAUCGUCUCUGGGCGAAGCCGCGGCCCAGCAGCAUCGCCGUCCAUCGCAUGGUUCCAUUCCGCGUCCUUUGCGUCCUGUCUCGCUUGCGCCCGUUCCACACCUCUCUCGCCUCAUACAAGCAGACAGGGGACGUAGCCUCUUUUUCGUUGGUGACUCGGCAAACCUCUGCUUUCUGCAGAUCAUCCGACGCCUGGUCCACAGAUCCGUGGGCGUCUGCUCCUUCACCGACGAUCCCGUGCAACAUGUCUUUGUCGAAGCGGUUCCGAAUAGCGGCCAGACUGGCUGGAUCGUGUCUGCUCUGGAAAACCGACCGACGACCAUAGCAGCAGCCGAGGCAGCCAACCUGCUCAAUUGGUUUCUGCGCUCGAUCAACGCUACAUUGUGCAUGUUUGACGCCGUCGAACUGAGGGAAAACAUAUCACAGUGGCUCCAGCAGCAGUCCAAAGAGGAGCCGUCGCACAAUGACCCAAAUGCCGACAGUGUCAUGCACCAGUCCGUGUUUUUUCUCAUCUUGGCCAUUGGCGCACAGGCGAAUCCCGAAGAAGACGACGACAGGGCGGAGAAGUACUUCAACCACGGCCGCUAUCUCACCCUGUCGGAAGAUGCUCUGGAACCUAGCGUUCCCACCAUCCAGGCGUACAUUCUCAUGACCGUCUUUUUGCUCGGCGCCUCCCGUCGAAAUGCCGCGUUCAUGUGUCUGGGCACUGCCGUCCGUGCUGCAUAUGCGCUUGGCAUCUACCGAAGCGAUGUCAACUCCGUGUUUGAGCCGGCAGAAUGUGCACCACGGGAACGUCUGUGGAAGGCCUUGCGCAUCUUGGACCUAUUUCUCAGCACGUCCAUGGGACGACCACCGUCCACUUCCGAGACGCGCAACACCAAGGGCGAGACAAACUACUCGGCAUCGACUCACCUCUGUUCCAUCUUUGAGGCCAUCCUGACUGAGGUAUACUCGAUGCGCGCAGUCUCUACGGCCACGGUCGAAGAGAUUAGUCAGCAACAUCGCUUAUGGACAUCACGCUUUGCGCUCGGCCUCGCCGCCGAUAGCAUUCCGCCCGAAGAGUAUGUGGAUAUGGACGGACUGAGGAUGCCCAACAUUGGCCUCGUAAACCUGAAAGGGGCGUACUACUGGACCAUCAUGCUUCUCUCACGGCCAUUCCUGGUCGAGCACGUGUCCCGACACAUUUCUCGCCAAACCCAGACACACGAUCGACCCCAAACUCCGUCUCCUGUAGCUCAGACAGACGAUAUUCUCACAUAUGCAUGCAUCGACUCGGCCACGCGGGCACUGAGCAUACAUCGCCACCUUCUCACGGCAGAAAAGAUUCCACGGCGACUCCCCUUUGUGGCCAACUGUGUCUUCGUCUCGGCACUCGUCCUAGGGCUGGCCCAAUUUGGUGAUUUCGACCGGACCUUUCCGAUAGGAAAAAGCCUUGCCUUCGGACAGCAACUCUUGGCCCUCCUUGGCCGCCACGAUGCCGUAUCCAAGCGAUACGCUGCGAUUGUAGCCGAUCUGCAGAUUGCAUGUGACUCCUAUGCAGAAUGUCGGGCACGUUACAAGAUGGAGCGGCAUGCCAUACUCAUAGGCGGCUUAUUCGGGACCGUGGAUGACCUAAGCACUGCCCAAGUGUCAGCGAGGACCCCGAACGCAAUUCUUCAGGAUGACUACCCUAAUAGCCACUCGUCACAGGAUUGCGCCGAAAUGGACCCAACACCCACUUCAACAGGAUCGGACGAUCCAUUUAGCAUGGGCCGAGACGGAAGCACUGUUGAAAUUCUGGCAGACGCCACUACAAAGAGACCAGAUGACCAUGGUUCUUGUGCUAGAGAUGUAACGGACCUGCAGCGGACUCUGGAAUUCAACGUGGAUGAUGACGCUACCCCAUUCCCCUCAACACUAUCAGAAAUGUUUCUAUCAACGUCUCCACGCGUGCUCAACUUCGAUUCCUUCGACAGAAAUCUUCCGCUAUUCUCAAUGAUGGAUGGCACCAUGAUAUAA